GAGUGUUGAUGUUCAUCCUCACCAACUUCCGAUUAUCAUAUCUCUCGCUCUUCCCGUACAAUAGCUCAACUUCUCAACUCUCAACUCUCCCUCCACUCGGCUCAGCCAUGCUCAACGCGGACCACUCCCUACUCUCACUCUCACUCACACUCACAACCCUCGCACUCUUCCUUCUCGUCUCAGCCCAAGAAGACCAUCAACAAGACACGCCCAUCGCUCGCUUCCAACGCUACCUCCGAAUCAACACCGCCCACCCCAACCCGGACUACUCCCCCGCCAUUUCCUUCCUCAAAUUACAAGCCCAAUCCAUCCAACUCCAAGCCCGAGCCAUCGAGUUCACCCCAGGCAAGCCCGUACUCCUCCUCACCUGGCCCGGCUCCAACCCCUCCCUCCCUUCCAUCCUCCUCAACUCCCACCUCGACUCCGUCCCCGCCGAGCCCUCCAAAUGGGUUCACCCGCCCUUCUCCGCCGUCCGAUCCCCUGAUGGCAAGAUCUUCGCCCGCGGGGCCCAGGACGACAAGUGUAUCGCCGUCCAGUACCUCGAGGCCAUCCGGAACCUCAAGGCUAAGAACUUCGUGCCCAUCCGCACCGUCCACGUGUCCUACGUGCCCGACGAGGAGAUCGGCGGGGUCGACGGGGCCGCCAAGUUCGUCGCCUCGAAGGUGUUCGAGGAAUUGCGCGUCGGGUUCGCGUUGGACGAGGGGCAGGCCUCCCCUGGCGACGAGUUCAGAGUUUUCUACGCCGAUAGGUCUCCAUGGAGCCUGGUGAUCAAAGCCGAGGGCACGCCUGGGCACGGGUCGAGAAUGUACGAUAAUACCGCGAUGGAGAACUUGAUGAAGAGCGUUGAGGUUAUCUCUAGGUUUAGGGGCAGUCGGUUCGAUGUGGUUAAGGCUGGGGUAGCGACCAAUUCGGAAGUUAUUUCCAUUAAUCCUGUUUAUGUAAAAGCUGGGAUUCCUUCCCCCAAUGGAUUUGUGAUGAACGUGCAGCCUUCGGAGGCUGAAGCAGGGUUCGAUGUUAGAUUGACACCUACAGCGAACCCAGACCUUAUGAGGAGGAUAAUUGCUGAGGAAUGGGCACCGGCCUGGAGGAACAUGACUUACAAGAUCACUGAGAAAGGACCCUUAAGAGACUACAUGGGGCGCCCUUUGGUGACACCAACCAAUGAUUCCAAUCCAUGGUGGUCUGUUUUCAAGCAAGCCAUCACUGCAGUUGGAGGAAAACUUGCGAAGCCUGAAAUCUUGGCUUCAACUACUGAUGCACGAUACAUAAGACAGCUGGGAAUUCCUGCUCUUGGUUUCUCGCCAAUGACAAAUACUCCCAUUUUGCUGCAUGAUCAUAAUGAGUUCCUGAAAGACGGUGUAUAUUUGAAAGGAAUAGAGGUAUAUGAAUCCAUAAUCAGUUCUUUAAGUUCAUUUGAGGAAGCUUUGCAUUAGGCGCUCGGGUGGCGGUUAGAGGGGAUGGUGAUGAUCAUGCAUUAAACUUGGCGUAGAGGCAAUGGUAUGCUGGUAUGAUUGGUGAUGCUACUGUUGUGACUUUAUCUUUGGCCAUACAGGGACUAUUUUUGAAUAAUGUUCCCCUUGAGGCAACUUUUACAUGGGAAUGCUUUUGGCUGGGAUUGAAGCUGAGAGGGUAAAUAUGUAUUAGUUUUGUGGGAUCAAAAUCUAACAUAAAACAAAUGUUACCUUAGAAUUGGGUACAACGCAUGUGCAUAUGCAAGCAGACACUACUAUUCAAAGGAAAGCAUUGCGGUUAAUUGUAUAAAUCUUGAAAAAACACACGAAUUUGUUGUUAAUAAGGAUACAAAAUUGUUACUGACUA